AUGGUGUGGGACCAUACACAACACGAGUAUAUAUCAAAUGGAAACCUUUUCGAUAGGCUGCAUUCUGUGGAAGCCCAGAAGAAGAUUCUGGAAUGGCCUUUGAGGGUGAAAAUAGCAGUUGGUGUAGCAAGAGGCCUGGCAUGGCUCCACCAUGGCUACAAUGCCCGCGUGGCGCAUCUCAACAUAAAUUCAAGGAGUAUUUUACUUGAUAGGAAUUUUGAACCCAAGUUAUCAAAUUUCGGAGAAGCGAUGCUCAGGAUUUCGACUAAGAGUUCCCGAGUGAAUAGUGAUUUUUGGGAGAUGGCCUUUGUUAAGGAAGAUGUGCAUGGAUAUAGAGCCUCUGUGGAUCCACAACUUCUGAAAUCUGAACUCAAAAUGUUUUAUGUGGCAUGGCUGGAUGACUUCUUAUACUUUGGUUUCUAUGAAAUUUGUUCUCCGAAGAAAGGCGAAUGCUUCUACAUUUCAGCGCCACCUGGGGCAGUUGGUCAGCUUGAUGGGGGAUUGCUCGGCUAUGUUGUUGGAGGUGCUGGGAGUGAAGAAAAGGUGGGAAUUACAUGCUGA